UGUCAACAGGCGAGGCCGAACAGAGUUUACGCGAUAAUUCUCGUCUGUUCGUAUUAGCACGUUUAUUUUGCCGCUGUUCGCGUUAUAGUAGAACAUUUGAAUUUCGUUAUUAGCGAUACAUUAUUUGAGAACAAUUGGCGUUUGGAGAAUGCGACUACUCGAAGCGUAGCACGGUGCAGAUUUCUCUGACGUGUAUGUGUGUAUACGUACAUAAUGUUUUGAUUCAAUCGCAGCUGAGAUUUUCUCGCGUUUAUUCCUUUAAAGAAUGUUCCCCGACUUUGUUUCGCCGGCAACAGUGGUAACCAGCUUUUAAUUUUUUCUUCGUCGAACGCCAUAGGUUUCGUAGUGCAAUACACAUAUGACUCUUUAUAUGAGUUCCUCACAACAUAAUUGCUCAAAAUAUAUUCCAAUGAACGUGGAUGAUGAGCUUUAUUUUACCAAGCAACAUUGAGGCGAAGAUAUUGUAAUGGGGUGGGUCUCAUCCACCGCAGUAUGGAUUACUAUAUGGAGUUGCCUAUUGCGGGGCUUCGAACUAGCUCCGCAAACAUCUCCAAAACAAAUUCCAUGUGAUAAAACAAGGAAAGUUUUUACCGAUUCUUGGGGAAUCAUUAGCGAUGGACCGUUAGGCUCAAAUUAUACUCAAGAUUCUCAUUGUGAAUGGCUUAUAAAAGCAAACAAUAGUCGCCAAUUUAUUACUUUAAGUUUCCGUACAAUGGGAACAGAAUGUAGCUAUGAUUAUGUAUUUGUUUAUGAUGGAGACUCCUUUCGAUCUCCACUCUUAGGUAGUUUCAGUGGAAAAACAGAACCACAGCAAGUGACAUCAUCAUCUGGUUAUAUGUUAAUAUUAUUGUAUAGUGAUACAAACUACGUUUUGGAUGGUUUCCAUGCAGAAUUUUCAGUCACAAAUUGUCCAAAUAAUUGUACAAAUCAUGGAAAAUGUAUCAAUAAUACCUGUUUUUGUGAAAAUGACUGGGGUGGGAGAGAUUGUUCUAGAGCUCUUUGUCCAAACAAUUGCAGCAAUGGGGGAGAAUGUGGUUUAAAACGAUGUCAGUGCCGUAACGGAUACUCGGGACAAUCUUGCUCGUUGCAUAAAACUCAUCCAAAAGGCAACAAGUGGUACUGGCUUUCUCACUCAGAAGGUGGUCUAAGGCCGCGAGCAGCUCAUACGGCAGUGUAUAUAAAAGAAACUGAUUCCCUUUACGUUUUUGGCGGCUAUGAUCUCAAUUACAUACUCAGCGAUUUGGAAGUCUAUCAAUUUAGUACAAGUCAAUGGGAAGAUGCGUAUGGUAAUGUAUUAGAAGGCACCUCGUCCGCAGAAUAUUUAGAUCCUAUGCUCAUCGCGACUGAAUUAGACCGGAUCGGUGCAGGCACAAAAGAAUUGUACGGUCUUCGCAGAUCGUCGCUCAUUUGGAGAGUACUCUACAGUAUUAAAAACAAUAAUACUUUUAGUUUGCGUAAUCAUGGUCAUGUAGAAAACGGGCAACACGGUUGGUCGGAAUUUAGGAAUACAGCAGAACACAAAGAACACGAACAAAAAGUUCAAGAAGCAAGGAAAGGCGAAACAAGCAAAAGUACAAUUAGGAUAGAAAGAAACGAUGAUCUUAGGAGAAAGCAUUCCAGACAUCCAAAGCCCAGAUACGCACAAACUACAAGACAUCGCAGAAAUCUCGGGAACUUGGAUCUUUAUCGCGACCUUCAUACUUCGAAUGCAAAGAGUGACAUAUUGAAUUGGGAGGAACAGAGCGUCGAAGAUCCCAUCGGAGACAAUAUCUUUAUAGAAGAGCCUAAGUUAACAACAGAUGAAUCAUUCAAUGAUGAGCCUACAAAACUACCGAUCGACGAAUUACCUAAGCCGAGUCCACGUUAUGGUCAUGCUGCUUGCAGAUACGAUGGUGGUUUUGUUAUAUAUGGUGGUAAAGUACAAGAUGGUUCUUUGUCAAACGAACUGUGGCACUACAAUGUUAAUACGAGCAUUUGGACAUUACGGGCUAAAAAUUCCCCAUUCUAUCCGCCGCAAUUAACAAGACAUACUCUUACUUUAGCAAAUGAUUAUAUCUAUCUUUUCGGCGGUAGCACAGUCGAUGGUGAAUUUUCGUCAAGCCUCUAUAAAAUUAAAUUGAAUUUAUCUGAUGACACCGCAACCACAGAAAGAUGGAAGGAAGUACAUCCUCGAGGGGGUAAAGAGUUAGACGUACGCGUAGUUGCACAUUCAACUGUAUACCAUCGUGCUACUAAUUCUUUAUUAGUUUAUGGGGGAGUAGUAGCUAGCGUAGCACGCUUUAGUAAAUUAUCAGAUAGAAUGUUUGUGUUUCAACUUGACAGAAAAGUUUGGUCCGAAAUUCACUAUCCGAGAGCACACCUAAGAGACACUUACGUUCCAAGAGAACGGGCAUUUCAUACUUGUAAUAUUAUAGGGAAUUAUUUAGUCGUAUUUGGUGGUUAUUCUCACAGACACAAUAAAGAGGAAAUUUGCUAUGAUAAUCAGAUGUAUCUUUAUCAUCUGGGCUGCCAUGCCUGGGUAAGUCACGAUGUAUUAGGCUUGAAUGAUAAAGAUUCUCGUUAUCCGAAACAACAAGGAGUAUUCGCGCACGCAGCAGACGUACGUAAUGGAAACACUUUGUUGUUAGUUGGUGGUUAUCAUGGAAAUGUAAAUGCAGAUUUACUUGCAUAUACAUUGCCACCGAUGCUAGCACCGGGCGACGAAGAUUACAUAGAACCCGAACAGAUCUGUUCAAGACACAAAAGCCUAAUGGAGUGUGCCGCUAAUCCAGAAUGUGGUUGGUGCUCAGCAGAUGAGAUAUGUUAUGGUAGAACUAUCGGUAGCAAUUGUACGACCAAUCUUCAAACAACUCGCUGCCCAGGCGUGUGCCCUGCACUUGGAGAUUGUCAUUCUUGUUUAAUACACGGCCAACCAGGUGGAGGUUGGGGUACAACUGCCCACGGGAAAAAGUCCGUUUCGAACAAAUUAAACCUUGGCACUUGCACUUGGUGCGUUCAGAAUGCUCGUUGUCAUCACAAAGAUGAUAAUUAUGGAGUCUGCGGUCUCCGAGACGAUACACCGUUACAAAUACCGGGGUGGUGGGGCCCGAAAGGCACGGAAAUAAUAAAAGUCGAGGAAUGUCGAGAAAUGGACAAAAGGCCGGGACUGACAUUUUUAAAGUAUAAACCUCCGGUAAAUUUUAGUCAACCAGACUCGGUAACAAUAGUUAACGCCACUACAGUCGAUUUUAAUGUUCCGUCUAUGCAAGGAGCAAAAACAGAAUCUGCCCUUGGCGGUGAAAUGAUUGCUAGAUUAAUCGGAUUCCUUAGACCACCACAGUACUUUUGGGACAGCGCGGUGGAGCACUUGAAGAUCUGCGUUAGUUACAAUAGCGCAACUCUUCAUGUAUCGCGAAGCGACGACCCUCAGGAAUUGGAAUUAGUCGCUAAUUUAACGGCUGAGACGUCACAGUGCAUUCCGACAAAAUGGCCAAACGGGCAUCAAAUGAUGCUGUUGCCAGGUCGAUAUUUAUUAGACUUCGAGUCGAAAAGGAUGGUGACUACAAGCUACGCGUACGCCAGUAAAAUGGAGAUUACUCAUAAUAAGAAGACCGAGAAUCCAAAGGUGUUCACUUUCGAGUAUCUCGAGCCAUAUCAAAAUGGAUCAUGUCAUCAGUAUAAAAAUUGCCUUCACUGUUUAACCGAUUCCUCGUGUGGCUGGUGCGAUAUUAUCAACAAGUGUCUCUCGCGUUCGAUCAAUGAAACGGAACAUUGCGUAGCUGACGUGGAAUGGGACGAGGACGGGAGUCCGAUUAGCGAAUGGCACUAUUUAACCAUCACACCUUCAGCCUGUGCUAAUUGUUCAAAUUACAUCUCCUGCGAAUCUUGCGUGGGUAGCAACUUGUGCGAGUGGUGGACGGAGGAAGCUCGUUGCGCGAGAAUAGGCAGACUACCUAACGCUGUCGUCAACCUCGAUCAUUGCCCGAUUCCGUGUAGACAGCGCUCAAACUGCACACAAUGCUUAGACGAGCGUGGAAGGUGCGUGUGGUGCGAAGCCACGCAAGAGUGCUUCUCUUUCUCGGUGUACACGUCUGAGUAUCAGUUUGGUUUAUGCCGGGAAUGGAUGGAUCAAGCCGGUCUAAUGGGAGUAACGUCCAGAUCUGGAUCGUCUCUGACGGGUAACGAUCAAUGCAAAAGCUGCAGCCGGCACACAAACUGUUCCAGCUGUCUGCAUUCGCUGAGCUGCGGCUGGUGUUACAGCCUGGAGAACCCUAUUUUAGGAGCAUGCGUGCAGGGAGAUUUCAAUCAACCGCACGUCAAUUGCAGCUUGGUCGUUAACGAGUAUCAGAACAGCACCUUGGAGGCUGACGAAUCCAGUUGGGCGUACGCUCAGUGCCCGGACGUCGACGAGUGCGACUUGGGUCUACACGAUUGCCAUCAGAACGCGUUGUGCACAAAUACUCACGGUAGCUUUAGCUGCCAGUGCAAAAGAGGCUUCAACGGCGACGGUAAAGAGAAUUGUACCAAAACUUGCUACGAGAAAUGCAUCAACGGUUACUGCAGCGAGGCGCCCGAUUACAAAUGCGAGUGCUACCUUGGCUGGACUGGGCCGGAUUGCAGAACGAAUUGCGGCUGUUACAAUCAUUCCACUUGCGUGCUGGGGCCGGGUGUCUGCGACGAGUGUCAGGACUGGACGACAGGCGUGUAUUGCGAGGAAUGCAAAGCUGGUAGUUACGGUAACGCCACAACGUCGCUAGGAUGCAAGAAGUGCAACUGCAACGAACACGGGAACAAAGAGUUGGGCAUCUGCGACCGACAGACCGGUGCAUGCUUUUGUCGCGACAACACGCAGGACGACAUGUGUCAACGCUGCAAGAAGGGCUAUUACGGGGAUCCAAGAGACGGUGGAAUGUGUUAUUAUGGUUGCAUGUCGCGAGGUAUGCUAGGGGGCGAAGGAGCUGGCAAGCAAGGCCUCGGUAGCAGACACUCGCAAUUGUCACUCUGGGAAAGUCAUUUCGGGGAGUCACCGACGAGGGAGUGUCUCUGGAUAGUCAGCCCAAAGACGGAUCUUUCGUCGGAUAACAUGCUCUCUGAGACGCAAAGCGUAAUUCAGUUUACUAUACACGACGAUAUUAACGUUAGCUGCCAAGAGAACAGCGUUUACGUGUACGACGGACUCCCCGAAUUUGUCUCGUCGUCUACUAGUCAUCAGAGUCAGCUGUUGGGCGUUUAUUGUACAGAAAGCACCGACUAUCCUGUAACGGUGGAAGCCAAGUCUGGAUUCCUCACCGUUCACUAUAAGCAACUGGACGAGGUGGAGGGAUUCAAUGCAAGUUACAUAAUAAUGACAUGUAACAGUUGUCCUGGGAAUCGCGAAUGUCGAAGCGGGAAUUGCUUGUGCAAAGCCGGUUUCGUGGGUAUCAAUUGCGAUAUUGAAUUAUGCCCCAAUAACUGCACCUCGUCCAGAAAGCAAGGAAUCUGUGAUAAGGGCUAUGGUCGCUGCGUUUGUACCCCUGGAUACGGCGGUCACGAUUGUUCGAUUGUGAUCAAAGAGCAUCAAUUGAUCUUUACCGAACUGUUCAAUUCCGAAUACUUGGCGGAUCACUUGGAUCAUCUGCGAAAAACCCUACCGCGAUUCGGUCACACUUUGGUGGCCGAUAGAAGGGGUAGUCUGUGGAUGUUCGGGGGUUAUUCUCUCAGCCAUGGUCCUCUGAACGAUAUCAGACUUUUUGAUACUAAAAACAACACAUGGAUGCCCAUCACCGUGGAAUCCACUUCGGAGGCCUCUAUGCCUCAAGGCAGAUAUUUCCAUGCGACCGAAAUAGUUCACAGCAGGCAACAAAUAUACGUUUACGGUGGUCUGUCGAUGAAAGAGGAGAACAUUCAAGGAUUAUCAAACAAUACACUCAGCGAUUUCUGGAAAUUUAGUCUACAGAAUCAAAGAUGGAUGCAGAUCAUGCAAAACGAGUUGGGAAGGGAACCACCGCCGUUGGCCGGCCAUACGUUGACUUUACGCAGAAACGGUGAAUCUGAGAGCCUGAUACUGAUCGGGGGAUUUAGCCCCAAGUAUGGAUACCUUGAUAUAGUAUGGGAAUUUAAUUUGGAAACGGAAACUUGGAGUACGAUAAACACAAUUGGAAACGGACCGUUAGGAGUUUAUGGUCAUUCCACUGUGUAUCAUAGCAAAUCGGAUAGUUUUUAUAUUUUUGGUGGAUACACUUACGCGAUAAAUCGGACUUUCAUCUCGAACAAAUUGUACGCGUUGAACUAUAAAACUCGCACUUGGUCCGUACUUCCACCGUUCGACGAUGAUCUUACCGAUGGAAACAGCUUGCCUCAAGCUAGGUUCCUUCAUUCCGCUGUUACGACUGAUGAAUACAUGGUCAUAUUCGGUGGUCGCCAAAAUCCCCAUAACACUUCUGAUUCACUGAUUGCUUACAAAUAUUCGUGUAAUUUAUGGAUCCGUUUGAUAACAAAAGAUAUGGAAGUUAUUGGGAGUCCACCGCCGCCAGCAUAUGCUCAUGCAAUGACUCACGCUGAUCCAGAAUCCAACGCUGUGUAUGUGGUCGGUGGUUUUGAUGGGGGAAUUAAAAGUCACGUUACUCUCAUUAAUAUACCUGAAGAUUUAUGUAAUCUCUGGACGGACAAAAUAACUUGCAGAAAAUACUUUGGAUGCUCUUUUUGUUCUGUUACUACCAUCAGUGGGAAUAAUGCUUCCUUUUGUUUCUCUAAUGAAGUGUCCGUUAAUAAGGAUGAUAGAUGCGAUAUCAAUGUCACUCAAGCUCAACGAUCAAACGGAAUCUUCUGCGAUUCGAAAUGGAUGGCGAGCAGAAAAUGUCAGAAUUUUAAAACUUGCACCGAAUGCUUGGCAGAGUGGCCAUACUACAUAAACGAGGAUCCAGUGUGCAAAUGGUGCACAAAUUGUCAAAAUGGAACGUGCAUACCGUCCGAGAAGGAUUGCGACGAGUUAAACAAGUGCAGUAUCAGGCAAAUAUCGGUGACGGACGUGAAUCAAUGCGGCGAACGUCAGUGCCCAGCGAGUGACUGUGAGAAAUGCAACAGGCUCGAUGAAGGUUGUGUUUGGACAAGGCAAGUCUCGAAGACUUCCGAAGUGGGAGUCGCGGUAACAGGCGAACCUGUGUAUGAUUGGAACUGCGUACCGGAUGAUACCUUCGAGAGAUCCAGUAUUAAAAUUGGAAGCACGCAAUGCGAGAAACGGUGUGCAGAUCAUAAGGACUGUAAAAGUUGUUUGAAGGGCACGGGCGCUGAGGGUGGAUGGCGGGAAUGCAGAUGGUCAACACAACUUAACGAAUGUAUCUCUCCGUCGUAUCAGCCUCUUUACUGCGCUGGUGGUGUGUGUGGUUUGGUACUACGCAGCCCUGAUAUGGAUCAUUGUCCCGAACCAUGUUCCGUUUUCAAGCAAUGCAGCACAUGCUUGAAGCAUUCACACUGUGGAUGGUGUUCUUUAAAUUCGACUAACACAACUGGUCAAGGGAUAUGCACCGAGGGCUCGUUGGAGGCUCCUGCAGAUCAUCCAGCUGGUGGAACGUGUGAAAUGCUAUAUUAUCAACAGUUUCCUCAGACGGAACCGCCACUCACGACUACGUUGCCCUCCGAUUUUGUAAUAUCUUUUAAGAGUCCAUUAAUUCCUGCUGUAAUAGCGAAGCCAGUAUUUUCUUGGCAUUACGUGCGAUGCCCGCCGGAAAACGAAUGCACCAAUGGCCACCAUACAUGCUCCCCAAAGAGUGAAAAAUGUUUCGAUUCCGAGGAAGGGUUUGAGUGCAUGUGUGGCGAUGGAUAUAAAACUGAAACGCCCUCCUCGUUCAACGAGUUUGGAAGAAAAAUUUGUGUACCAAUGUGCACGCAAGGUUGUGUCAGAGGAACGUGUGUAGAACCAAAUAUUUGCCGCUGUGAUUUUGGUUACGUAGGUGCCAAUUGCUCCAUUCAGUGCCAGUGUAACGGCCAUAGUAAUUGCGAGGGCCCAGACAAGUUGGACGUCUGUUUAGAGUGCCAUAAUAACACGAUGGGACCACAAUGUGACAAGUGUUUACCUUUAUUUGUUGGGAAUCCAGCGGACAAUGGACAAUGCGUACCAUGCCUCGAAUAUUGCAACGGGCAUACACGAAUUUGCAUCAAUGAGAGCAUGACCGUGCCGGAUCCAAAUUCUAUUAACAAAAUGUCGAUAGAAUUGUUAAAGAAACAGCUGGUCGAGGGUCCUGUAGCCAAGGCGAAAUGCGUGAAUUGUGGCAAUAAUACGAAAGGUGACAAAUGUGGCGAAUGCAUGAUUGGAUAUUUCAGAGGAACGGAAGAUCUGCACGAUGUGUGUCGACCUUGUGAAUGUCACGGGCAUGGAUUUACUUGCGAUCCUGUAACGGGAGAAAAGUGCAAUUGUGGUAAUAAUACGGAAAGUGAGCCAUGUACCAGCGGGCCUAUGAAGGAUACAAAUACUGGCGGCCCGCCAUGUUGGAUGGUACAAUGCAGUAAAUGCAAAGAGAAUUAUGCCGGCAAACCAAUCAUGGGUCAUCAGUGUUACAAGACAGUAACAGUCGACAACAAGAUGUGUUUUGAUUCCAAAUUAAUAGGAUCUUAUGAUGAGUGUAAAAUGAAACCAAAACCAUUAAAUCCUGGCCAGACGGUAUUCUACAUGGUGCAACCUCGUUUCCUGAAUGUCGAUAUCAGAGUCAUGGUGGACGUAACACAAGGAGCGUUAGACCUAUUCCUCAGCCCUCGUGACGAUUCCUUUGUCGUUACUUUAAAUUCAUCGACGGGCUACCAAGACGUUGAAUUGGACAACAGAUUCGUAUGGCGCAAAGAUCCACACAAUAUAUGGCUGGACGAGCACACUCGUAGCAUAAUGAGGAUCGUCGAAUUCCAUCCAAACAAAACGUUUGCAUCUAACGGCACUACCACCGAACCAAGUUGGAACACCGGCCCCCAAUACAUCGUAAUGGAACGCUACGCGGAAAGUUUGGCCACUUUUUUAACGAUCGAGAAGAGGAACACGUUCUUGGUCGUCAGGAAUCUCACGAAUCGAUUGGUAUUAACAUUACCGCAGGACAAACACGAGCUCCAUCAAACGAAAUUUCAUAUCGCGUUAAGGGCAAUCGAUCCUGUUCAUCCGAAGAUAAAUGGUCGAGCUGCUUACGGGAUGAUAUUCUUCCGACAGGAUCAGCUACAUAUCGAUUUGUUCGUAUUUUUCUCCGUGUUCUUUUCCUGUUUCUUUUUAUUCCUGGCGGCGUGCGUGGUCGCUUGGAAAACGAAACAAGCAGCCGAUGUACGAAGAGCGCGAAGAAGACACGUCGUCGAAAUGUUACACAUGGCCAAGAGACCAUUCGCCUCGGCUACCAUCAUUUACGAUCGAAACGGGAACGACUGCAGUCCGAGCUCGCCGCAGCGAAAAACUAGACGUAACAAAUUGGUCAGCUUUCACAGCGACGUCAGACCGGUGGCAGUCGAGCCAACCGACGACGGUGUCGCCGCCGUGGCCACUGUCUUUAUCAGACUACCAGGUGGUCGUCAGGCUCCCGUUAAAUUGGCCCUUGGCAGCUCGUUGAUACUACUGACCAGAGUCUAUCCGGUCAACAGUAGGGUGUUCCUAAGACGUAGAAACAGUCACGCGCUGAACUGAGCUUCUCUCGGUAGGAAUUUCUUUUUCCGCUAUCUCCUAAAGUCUGCUAAAAAAGCUCUCGAAACACGUAGACGGUCAUUUUUAUUCUUAACACUUGCGAAUCGUUUUCGUUGAUCUCAUCUUUCAUUUUAAUUAUCCGUCUUGUCCGUGUUGUUUGGUGCAUGAUUGUUACACGAAUCAGGAAAAUAAACAUUUUCACACGCAGCGGAAUUCUUUGGAUUUUAAAUCGCAACGCGUCGAAUUUUUUUUCUCUUUUUUUUUUUUUUACCGAGGAUUCAUCAUUUGUUCUGCCAUCGUCGACAUUGUUCAACAUUCGCCAGUAAUAUGAAUCUUUAGUAUAAUCUUGUAUUAUAGUUGCAAAGAAACAAUUGUAAGGGUAUUUAAGCUAGGUGAUAAUAUAUUGUCAUACCAUUCCAUGACGAGACUGUAUGUUUGUAUAUAAGAAUCUGUAAUUAUGUAUUAAUUCGUAAUUUACACGUUUUUGUAGAAGCAUUUUAUGUGAACCGGGCAUGGUUUUGUGUCUUGGAACGUUUUGCGGUUACUUUCGAUGGAAAGUGGAGAAUUUUACUGUGUCGUUUUACGAAACUUUGCGCAAUUGUUCUCAGACGUAUUGCAAAGGUGUAUUUACUCGCUGUCAUAAAAGUCGACUACCUUAAUCGAGGGCUGCGAGUGGAGGGAAGGUAGCUACGAGUAUUAUUCUCACUAUCAGGUUCUUCUUUCAUAUUUCAAUAACGGUUUUUAGAUAAGAUCAAAAUUUUUAACGAGAAACGAAACAUUCAAUUACAUCGAGCGAACGAAGCAGGUGAUUUUACCAUUACGACCCAUGUAAAUAUUGAAAUUGUCAGCCGUGGAACAGAUUGUAAAGCUUGAUGUGAUAGUAUUCCAGCACAGAUACCGACAGGAUUACUUUCAGAGCGACGAAAACGUAACGGUAAUCAUACCAGCUGACACUACUUCCUAGCAGUUGGCAAACGUGGUGAUUCUCAAACACGACGCGUAUACGUGUACAUUUUGUACGAACGUGCGCUGUUAGAAAUAUCUUAAGUGCUGAAAUGAAAUCGAAUCGUAUUCGCAUAAUUUAAACGAACAGUAUUAGUAUCGUUGAUUAGAAAGAAGCUCGAGGACGCGUGAGUCGAAAAAGGUUCCUAUGCCAAAAACUGAUGAGGAAUAACGGAUCGUCGUAGAAUAAUAAUAUAUUAUUUAUGGCGGGAAACGAUAGAAACGUAAAGAACUUUAAUUAGAGAAGGUUGUAAAUACACCGGAUACACAUUUACGAAUGUUUAUUGACACCGUAUAUAUUCUGAUUGUAAAAUACUACCACCAAUAGAUAUCGACUUGAAUCGAAUGAAACUGAGAGGUAAAGAGAACGUGUCUUUUAUCAAAGAUGAUAAGGUUACGCAUUAAUCAAAGAUAUAAAUAGGGUGUUGAUGUAAUGAUAUUAACGUGUACUAUUAAGAAAGAAUGUAAGCAAAUUAAUUGAAAAUAUGAGCGACGUAGUGACAUAAAUGUAAAUAAAUAAGGAGGGAUUUUGCUAAACUGUUACGCGGUACCAAACAGGUUCAACAUAUUCUGUACAGAAUGUUUUUUCGGAUAAUUGUUACGCGGUUUGAAUGUUUUACACUGUACUCGUGUAGAACGCAAUAGAUGCUCAAUCAAAUAUGUUUACUUAUUUAAGUAAAUAAAUAUUGGUAUUAAUCAAUGGAAAAAUUUCAAUACUAUCGGUUUUAAAAAAUUCUACGAGUACAGUGCGAAGCAUUCUAGGCAUGCCAUCUGUAGUAUCGAGAGAAUGCACUGUUUUUCCUUUAUCAGGAAUAAUAAUGCACCGAGCAAUUGUUGAGUGUGCAUACGACAAUGUAACACGUCCUGUCCGUUGAAUCUCAAGUCUAUUUUUUUUUUCUCACGAGUCUCGUCAUUGCGCAUCUAGACGACAAAUAAUUUUAUUACUUCGAGAACUUCGAAUUCGUCUCUCUUUGAAUAUAUUUUUCUCUUUUUAUUCUUCUUUAUCAUCGCGGUUCACGGUUAUACUCGUUUACAUCCACGCGACCAACUAUCCUAACUAUUCACCCGCGAGGUUUGCGCAACAAUCUGUAAACACAUAUGUAAAGAUACAAACUAACGUGUAUGUACAUUUAUAUAGAUUUACGUAAUAGAGAUAUAUAUAUAUUAUAUAUACAUAUUAUGUAUACACGAUGAAUGUGUAAUUUCUCGGUUGUACAGAUCUGAGCGUUAUCUCCAAAAUGUUCUAUUUUAUAUAUAAUUAUUACAUUGCAUUCAAUGUAAGCGAUAUCUUCCAAUGCCGGCAUUGUAUCGCGUUGAGAAAUGUUUGUAACACGUCGAAGACACUGUCGUUUAUCAAGUGUAUAGAAAAGGUUGUGAGGUCCGUUGGUGCAGGCAUUCUUGUUAAGGUUCGCCAGGCGUCGUGGAUUUAUUUGUAGCCGUGGGGAGGAUUAAUGAGGUUGUGCUAAUGAAGAUUAAUGAAGUGUAUC